UCAGCAGCGGAGCGUUUGCGGCUUUCUCGGGCCUUCUGUUUUAUCCGGCGAGCCCUUUUCAGCUUCAGAGGAUUUAACUUUAAAAUAAUGGGUAUCGAGCGUGAAGCGGAUCUGACUUUUAUUAGAAAUUUGGAUCCCAGAGUAACGGAGGAGCUUUUGUUCGAACUGUUUUUACAGGCGGGACCUGUCAUCAGAACUAAAAUCCCAAAGCAUGUGGAUGGGAAGCAGAAAACAUUUGGUUUUGUGGUGUAUAAAAAUGAAGAGUCUGUGCCGUAUGCCAAGGAGUUACUGAGUGGGACGAGGCUGUUUGGAAGAUCGAUCGAUGUGCAAUUCAGAACAGAUAGCAGAUAUUGCAGCAGUCCCAGGAAUGCGCAGAAUUCAUCUUCCAUAAACACCACUAACCCCAGUGUCCAAAGUCCACACAGGCCACCAUUGCAGUUGAACUCACCGUAUGCUGCACCAUCUGAAAGGCUGAGUACAUUUCCAUCUGCUGAUGAACUGCAGAAACAUAUCUUGAUGGACAACAUGAGGCAGAUUGCGAUGCAGCAGCUUCAGCAGAUAAACGGGGCUUUUGCCAAGCCUCCACAGAGGCACCAUGAGAACGUCGGUUUAGGUGGAACAAGGCAACACAAUAGUGGCUCUAAUCGGCAGCAUCCCUACUCGGUGAGCAACAGAGGCCAAAGAUAUGACCAGGUGGCCCCCCAUCACCACCUUCAGGGCCACAGCCAUCACCACCACAGUGACAGGAAGGACUUCCGUCACCAUAACAAAGGUGACAAUAGACAUGACAGGGGAAACAACCGUGGCUACAAUGAUGAUCGCUGGAGACAAUACUAAAAAAAAAAAUAAUCGAAAACGGAAAAACACCUUUUUUUUUAUAUAUAUAUAUAAUUUGUCUACUUCGAUUUUAAGAAAUGCAAAACAUACAUACUCAGGUUGUUUUGUAUGUGAUUCAAAGUUUGAAGAUGUUACUAGGGCCUUAAAGGCACUGUUUUUACUUUUACGGUGUUUUUAAAUUUGUAUAUUGUUGUCAUGUGACAUUUUUGUCACAGAAUGUGCAGAUCCAUUUUUUGGGGCAGACUGUAGGGUUUUGCCCAAAAGUAUCAGCAUAGUUUUUGAAAGAUGAAAAGAAAUGACAUGUAUAUAAAAAGAAACUUCAUUUGGGAUGUCAUAAACUUUUUAUGUUUAAAAAAAAAAAAUGUAAAUGGUGCUCCCAGAGCUACAGUCUUCUUGUAAUAUUGUAGGGGGAAAAACAACUAUUACUGAGGUAAAGUUUCCACCAGCAUAAUUUUUUCAGCAUUGAGCACCGUCUUAUUGUUUGUUGAUCUCAUUCUGUAUAUAAGAAAAAAAAAAUGGCCUUUUUUGUAUUCUGACUCUCUAAUACGAACGAUUUUAAAAUCAAUAUUUUGAGUCUUAUAAAACUCUUUCAUUUUA